AUGGCAUCAGAGGCAGGUGAAGCGACGAUGAUGUCACUGGAAGAAUCCAUGGCACGACGAUGUGAGUCUUCCGAUGACGAGUGGGUGAGGAUGAUCGGCACGCCGAGGAACAUCAGCCGCAGCAGCGUGUGUGAGGCCUACGCUGUUCACAGGGAGACGUUCUACCUGGCACAGGACUACUUUGACCGUUUUCUGUUGAUUGAGAAAAAUCUUAAGAUGGGUGUGAUGCAGCUCACUGUGCUCACAUGUCUUCUUAUAGCAUCAAAGAUGGAGGAAUCUAAACCUUUAAAGAUCUUGCAUCUGUCACGUGUGGCUCAUGGGAUCUACCAUGUAGAAGAAUUCCGUCAUAUGGAGUUGGUCAUUUUGAGGACAUUGCGCUGGUACACUCGUUCUGAAACGGCUUUGACCUGGCUGAAGUUCCUCCUGCAGGUGAUCUUCAGGAAAGAAAACGCAAACCUACUCGAGCAGCCGUUUCCAAAAGAUACUUACAUGAGAAGUGCAAAUCUUUUAGAUCUGUGCAUCCUUGACGUGAACUCGAUGGACAUACCUUACCACGGAUUGGCUGCCGCAGUCCUGUGUUAUUUCGUGGACCAGAGACUGGUUGAAAAAGUUGCAUGUAUCCACAGAGAACUCCUCCAGCCAUGUGUUGACUGGCUGGCCCCCUUUAUGGAUGCACUGGAAGACUUUGGCACAGUCACACGAAAGGUGUUUCCCACAGUAAGAAGAGAAGACCAAUGCAACAUCCAGGCAAACUUGGACUACAUGUCCAUUUUGGAUGUUGCUCACAAGGCAAUAAGAGGCAGUUCUCCUGCAAAAGAUGUGGAACCGCUCAAUGCCACCCUGUACAAAGAGAGGAUCUACGUACCUGGGCAAGGACUUACGUCUUCAGAAGAUGAAGUUUAA